UUUGGGGAAAAAAAGCCCUUGACGUUGAGCCGGUUGAGGCAGCCCCAGCUCCCAGCCCCAGAAGACCCAACCCGUCUAUGCCUCAUUUUCCCAUCUCCACUCCCACAAGGCCACAACCCUUGGUUCCUUCUCUAUCACUCUCUUCCUCUACAAAAAGCCGAGAAUGAACCCACCGACCUGAACCUCCUCAUCUUCUCCGGUCACGUUCCCUCCCAAACCCUAAAAGCAAUCGCCCCACAAAUCUGUAAGCCUUCUUCUUUCUCACUACUUCUCGACCGAUCCGAUUGCUUCCUCGCUCUUCUCGGCGAGAAAGCUCGGAGGAAAAAUUUAUAGGAAAAUCAACCGCUUCGUACACUUUUGUUUGUUUCCAGCUGCCUUCUCGCGUUCCAGUUCUAUAUUCUUCUUCUUCUAGGGUUUCUUCUAUCGGUGCAUUAAUUGUUUUGAUGGUUAGCUGCGUGUUUUUAGCUUCAAUUUUCCUACUGGUGAGAUAAUUCUGUCGUUGAUUGGAUGGAAAUUAAUUAUGUGAAUAGUCCACCUUUCUUUAUGCUUCCUCGGAAGAGAGCUGGUGGAGGAGAGGUUGCAGUAGAAGGAGAAGGAAGACCUAUCUGUAACGAAUCGCUCAUCAAGAAGCACUGCAUCGAAACAACUGCGGCAGGCACGGGAUCUCCAGCAACUGCCACCACCGCGGCCAACGUCAACACCAACAGCAGUAACUCAGGCAACGCCAGCAGUCACAGCAACACCAGCUCGUCGAUCAUGACUCUAGGAAACGGAAACCAGCAAGAUAUCGAUGAGGAUCUGCACAGCCGUCAGCUUGCCGUCUACGGCCGUGAGACUAUGCGCAGGCUGUUUGCUUCCAAUGUCCUCAUCUCCGGGAUGAAUGGACUUGGCGCUGAGAUUGUGUCAUCAUCUAGGGCUCAUAAGACUUCAUUGACCGAUAAUUUUGUGGUGUCUCUUGCAGCGAAGAACCUGGCUCUUGCUGGAGUCAAGUCUGUGACCUUACAUGAUGAAGGAGUGGUUGAGUUGUGGGACUUGUCUAGCAAUUUCGUCUUUGCAGAACAAGAUGUUGGAAAGAACAGGGCUCUUGCUUGUAUUCAGAAGCUACAAGAACUAAACAACUCCGUUUUGAUAUCCACUUUAACUGGCCCACUCAAGAAGGAACAACUAUCUGAUUUUCAGGCUGUUGUAUUCACUGAUCUCAGCUUAGACAAGGCAACUGAAUUUGAUGACUACUGCCACACUCAUCAACCUCCCAUUGCUUUUAUCAAGUCUGAAGUCCGGGGCCUCUUUGGUAGUGUGUUCUGUGACUUCGGCCCUGAAUUCACUGUUUUUGAUGUUGACGGCGAGGAUCCCCAUACGGGCAUUAUUGCUUCUAUCAGCAAUGAUAACCCUGCCCUUAUAGCUUGUGUUGAUGACGAGAGGGUGGAGCUUCAAGAUGGUGAUUUAGUUGUUUUCUCCGAGGUCGAUGGUAUGAGUGAACUCAAUGAUGGAAAGCCAAGGAAGGUUAAGAAUGCCAGACCGUAUUCAUUUAACAUUGAGGAGGACACAACGAAUUAUUCUACCCAUAUCAAAGGUGGCAUUGUCACUCAAGUGAAGCAACCAAAGGUUUUGAGCUUUAAGACUUUGCGAGAUGCAAUCAAGCAACCUGGGGAUUUCCUUUUGAGCGACUUCUCCAAGUUUGAUCGUCCGCCUCUCUUGCACUUGGCAUUCCUGGCACUGGAUAAGUUUGUUGUUGAGUUGGGCCGUUAUCCAGUUGCUGGGUCAGAGGAUGAUGCCCAGAGAUUCAUAUCAUUGGUUAAUAAUAUCAAUGAUAAUGCUGGUGAUGAGAAGCUUGAAGCAAUCGACAAAAACGUUCUUCGCCAUUUUGCUUUUGGUGCAAGAGCUGUACUGAAUCCUAUGGCUGCCAUGUUUGGUGGUAUCGUUGGACAGGAAGUUGUUAAGGCUUGCUCUGGGAAAUUCCACCCACUAUUCCAGUUUUUUUACUUUGACUCGGUUGAGUCUCUUCCAACUGAGCCCUUGGAUCCCAAUGACUUGAAGCCCUUAAACAGUCGUUAUGAUGCUCAAAUUUCAGUUUUUGGGGCAAAGCUUCAGAAGAAGCUUCAGGAUGCGAAAGUGUUUAUUGUUGGCUCUGGUGCCCUUGGUUGUGAGUUUUUGAAGAACUUAGCUUUGAUGGGGGUCUCAUGUGGGAAACAAGGGAAGCUCACAGUUACGGAUGAUGAUGUUAUUGAAAAGAGUAACCUUAGCAGGCAAUUCCUGUUCCGAGAUUGGAACAUUGGACAAGCCAAAUCAACUGUUGCUGCGUCUGCUGCAUCUCUGAUAAACCCUAAUUUCAAUAUUGAAGCUCUGCAGAACCGUGCAAGUCCUGAAACUGAAUCUGUGUUUGAUGAUACAUUCUGGGAGAACCUGACUGUGGUGAUCAAUGCCCUUGACAAUGUGAAUGCUAGGCUUUACAUUGAUGGUAGAUGCUUGUACUUCCAGAAGCCACUUCUUGAGUCUGGAACCCUAGGUGCCAAGUGCAACACUCAAAUGGUCAUCCCACAUCUGACAGAAAAUUAUGGUGCCUCACGUGACCCGCCUGAAAAGCAAGCCCCAAUGUGCACUGUUCACUCAUUCCCUCACAACAUAGACCACUGCUUGACAUGGGCUCGUUCUGAAUUUGAGGGUUUGCUUGAGAAGACUCCUGCAGAGGUAAAUGCCUUCCUGUCAGCUCCCAAAGAGUAUGCCUCUGCAAUGAAAAAUGCUGGUGAUGCCCAGGCAAAGGACAACUUGGAACGUGUUCUUGAAUGCCUUGAGAAGGAGCGAUGCGUAGAGUUCCAGGACUGCAUCACUUGGGCUCGUCUGAAAUUUGAGGACUACUUUGUCAACCGUGUGAAACAGCUUACGUUUACUUUUCCUGAAGAUGCAUUAACUAGCAGUGGAACCCCGUUCUGGUCUGCUCCCAAGCGUUUCCCUCGCCCUCUUCAGUUCUCGACUGAUGAUAUGAGCCACCUACAUUUUGUCAUGGCUGCAGCCAUCUUACGUGCAGAGAUCUUUGGGAUUCCACUGCCUGAUUGGCUCAAGGCUCCGGCCAAGAUAGCUGAUGCUAUUAACAGAGUCAUAGUCCCAGAUUUUGAGCCGAAGAAGGGUGUAAAGAUUGAAACAGACGAGAAAGCAACAAAUGUUCCUACCUCAUCAAUCGAUGAUGCAAAAGCUAUCGAUGAGCUGGUUUUGAAGUUGGAAACAUGCAGGGAGCGGCUAGAGCCUGGAUUCAAGAUGGCUCCCAUUCAAUUUGAAAAGGAUGACGACACGAAUUAUCACAUGGACCUGAUAGCUGGACUGGCCAACAUGAGGGCAAGGAACUAUGGCAUUCCAGAAGUGGACAAACUCAAGGCCAAGUUCAUUGCCGGCAGAAUCAUACCAGCAAUUGCAACAUCCACCGCCAUGGCAACCGGUCUCGUCUGCCUGGAGCUUUACAAAGUUCUGGAUGCACAGCACAAGCUGGAGGACUACAGAAACAGCUUCGCCAAUCUAGCCCUCCCUCUCUUCUCCAUCGCGGAGCCAGUUCCACCGAAGGUGAUCAAGCAUCAGGAGAUGAGCUGGACUGUGUGGGAUAGAUGGAUUGUGAAGAACAAUCCAACUCUCAAGGAGCUUCUCCAGUGGCUGCAGGAGAAGGGGUUGAACGCUUACAGUAUCUCUUACGGAAGCUGCCUGCUGUACAACAGCAUGUUCCCGAGGCACAGAGACCGAAUGGAUAAGAAAAUGGUUGAUCUCGCUCGGGAAGUUGCGCGUGCUGAGCUGCCUCCUUACCGACGCCACUUUGACGUCGUGGUUGCUUGUGAAGAUGACGAGGAUAACGACAUCGACAUCCCGCAGAUCUCUAUUUACUUUUAGGUAGAUCCCUUUUAGAAACCAACCGGGAAAAGAAUACUACUAGAAGAUCCCCCUGGUGGAGACUGGGGAGGCGAAAGCCGUUCUGUGGAUACACAUCCCAGAGAGAGUUAUCAAUUUUAUGAACAGUUGGACAGUUUUAUAUCUGCUUCUCUUGUGUUGUGUGGUGUUUUCGUCUUAUGUUUUCGGCUGUCCCCUAGGUGAAAGAAGUGUGCUCUUUCACUGGAAGAUGUAAGACGUUUUUAUGUUCUUUGCUGCUCUUCUCAUUCCCGCUCGAGAAACAGAAAUUUGAACAUGUCUCGAUAAAUUGGUUGUUUACGCAGCUUCUCGUAGCAAGAUAUACAUGAAAACUGGCAUGAGAAUAAGAUAUUCCAUGAUAUUCACUUGGAAUGUACAACUGUUUGCUGCGGCGAUAAGAUUCUCGCUUGUGUUCUGUAGUGCUUCUAUUCAUAUUUGCUCUCCGAGUUCUUGUGCUUAAGUCCCAAAAGUUUAAGUAUGUUUAAAUCAAUCUUACUGGCUCUUUGUAAGCUCCUUGUAAAUCAGGUAGCUAAUGAAGAGUUAUUAGUUAGAAAGU